AUGGGUGCUCAAUUUGAUGCUACAGUCACUGCUGUAUUGGGUGUAGUGGCUGCUGUUCUUUAUGCAUUUGCAGGCAUAGCUGCCGCUGUUGCUUACAAUGUACGCCAUCCAGACACAUUUCUUACAGGUCGUACACUGAAUGCGAUCUUUUUAUUUGUCGGCAUUUUCGGUGCACAAAUGUUACGUCAAGUGUAUCCCAAGUUUCAUUUCUUUUCAUUGCAGUUCAUGAUCAUACAGAUUUUUAGUAUGACACGUGGUGUCGAUUAUUUUUCUGUGCCUUUUGAGUUACCACUGCAUUAUGGCAUACCCCUUAUUAUUGGUCAUGGUAUCUCAUUAAUGGUCAAUUUAGUGAUUUGGCCAGAAACAGCGGUGGAUGGUCUAGGCAGAGCGUUGAAAGAAACCAUUACCAGUAGUCGAGACAUGCUCCAUAUGAUCACAAAGCAAUUCUUUUUAGAUCCUCAGUCAGAAACUGUUGCUGAAUCUGUGGUGGAUGAAGCUGCUGCCAAGAUGCGUCGUGGUAUGACCAAAGUCAAGUCGGCUUAUCGUGAAGCCAAGUAUGAAAUGUCCUAUGCGUUUGUUCGGCCACAACAGCUGGGACAUAUCCGAAAAUCACUCGACAGACUCACCAAGCAUCUCAGCAUUCUAGGCGGAUGUCUCAAGACAGAGCGAGAAUUAUUUGAAAGUGCGAUCGAAGCAUUGCAAGCAGAAAUGAGGGACCUAGACAGCGAUAAUGAAGAUGGAGAAUCAACCCAUGGAUACCACAGUGACCAUGAAGAUACCCGCACAUCUUUAGGGAGACAUUCAUAUAGUGAAGAGGAUCUAAACUUACUUCGUACUGCACUACGUGCCACAAACGAUUUUGUCAAUAACAACAAACAUCCCAGUCCAAAAACAUCACGCCCUAAUUCUAGAGCCAAUUCUCGUCCUAGUUCGCGUCCUGUUUCUGCACAUAAUUCAGAAGACGAUGAAGACUACACUGAACAGAAUCAGCGUUCUGUUUCUUCAUUAAAGUCCUUUUUGAGUUUACCGAAAUUAUCGAUACCAAAACCUAAACCACCUAAAAAGUCAAAGAAACAGACAGAAUAUAACCAUCGUCAUUUACUCUUGACUUACUUAGAAAGUCUUCGAGAUCCAUUGAUGGAUUUAUCGUUGGAUUGUGCAAGUGCACUUGAAUGCGUCUGUGAUAGUCUUGCUACUGAAUUGGACAUGGAUUCUGAUGACGAUAUUUCAAUCCGAAAGACAUGGAAAUCAUUUCUUCGACAUAUUUUUAAAGUGGGGAAAAAAGAAGUGGACGUCCAAGACGAUUAUCGAAAAUCAUUUGAACUCCACAAGGGCAGUGACAAAUGUAAUUGUUCACAAACCAUUCGAUUGGCCAUUGUCCAAUUUGAUAAAGCAGAACGAGAACGUAUGCAUGCCUUGUACGAAAUCAAUAAGAACCGCAUUGGCUGUCAAGCGCUUGAUUUGGGCAUGCGACAAGAACUGUUUCUGGUUUUUUUCUUUAUCUUUACGAUGCGUGAAGUGGCCAAUGAGUUGCAGGAAAUGACCAUGCAUAUGGACGAACUUCGGUUGUAUGCCAGAAAAGCAAGCUUCAAUGGCAAAAAGAAACGCAAGCAUCUUUAUUUUCCAGUACUAAAUCAGAAAAUGUGGCAAAAAUGGGCCAAAGGCAACAACCACCAAAGCACCCGUGACAAGGGUGGACCUGCUUUUAGUGUUUUGACAACACAUAUACCAACGGAUGAACCUAAAAAAUCAGAAGCUGAAGAUGAAUACCUUUUAACCAAAAUCCAAACAAAUGGCAGUUUAAUGCGAACCAAAAGUAGAAGAGAAUCUGUUGUUGCUCAAAAAACACUUUCACGUACAGAAACUAAUGCUGAUGAUGAUCUUAGUUCUCCUAUCAUGCUACGGCAUCGAUCUAAACAACAACAACAACAACAACAACAACAGCAACACAAUAAUGGCAGUACACAUGAUGUUCGUAUUGAAGUGCCUCAAAACUAUAUAGAAACAGAUCAACAAUCUACAAAAGAAGAAACAAAAAGAGAAAAAGCGCCAUUUUUAUUACGUCUUCGGUAUUCUGUAUGGUUUCGUCUACAGUAUUUUGGUCGAUAUGAAUUUAAAUUUGCCCUAAAGAUGGCGACUGCUGUUCUUGUAUUGACUUUGCCUGCUUUUAUACCUUCUUCUUCAUCCUGGUACUUUAAUGUCAGAGGACAAUGGGCACCUAUGACUGUCAUUGCUAUUAUGAACCCAACGAGUGGCGGUACAUUACAAGCUAGUUUUUGGCGUAUUGUAGGUACUUUGGUCGGCGCAUUUGUUGGUUGGGCAGCAUUAGCAGCCGAUGCAGGAAGUCCAUAUUUAUUGGGGUUGUUUGCUGUAUUAUUAGCACUUCCAUUCUUUUAUAUUCAUUUAGCUAGCACAUUUAAUAAGGUCGGUAUUGUAUGCUUAACUACAUAUGAGGUGGUUGCUCUAAGUAGAUAUGCUAUGCCUCCUGCUGGUGAAACAGUAUCUGAUACUGUGUGUCUCGUAUGGCCAUUUGUUGCCCGACAUAUGGUACGCAAAUCUAUUGCAGCCUGUAUGGGACAUUUGGAAGAUUAUUAUACCUUUAUUAUGGGCACUUAUCUAUACCAUGACCCACAAACAAUACCCAGUGAUGCUGAAAUUACACGAGGCAUUAAAAUGGAAAGCAAGAUCCAAUCUGCCAUUGAUGCUUGUUCUGUCUUGCUAGAACUGACUGACAAUGAACCUCGAUUCCGUGGUCCUUUUCCUAAACUGUUUUACAAGGAAAUGAUUGUCUCUAUGCGGAAUUUGUUGGACCGUCUGCUGAGUAUUCGCAUUGCUUUGUUACAGAUGCCUAUGGUUGUCAAACAUGACAUUUGUGAAAAAACGUAUCAUAUGGAUAGAAGAGAUAUGAUUGCGUCCAUCUUGCUCUGCUUUCAUACUUUAUCGACUUCAUUAAGGUCUAAGACGCCUUUACCUGUCUAUAUGCCAUCUGCUCGAGCUAUACGUAAAAAGCUAAUGGAACAUCGUCGUUCAGAUGCCAAAAAGACCAACUGGAUCAAGUUUAGAAAUCUGACAUGGUUUGCUAUGGCUUGUUCUUCCGAAGAAAUGAUCGAUGAGCUCGAAUACCUGACAAAGCUCAUACGUUAUAUUGUGGGUGAAAGUGAACAUGCUGACUUGGCAAAGCGAAUUGAUGAUUUUGUGAACCUUCAAGAGGAUGGUGGUAAUGGACUUACUGUUGUCACUACUGUUUCGGAUGAUCCUGUCGAACCUGAAUUUCGCUAAACUAGGAAGGGGGUAAGCCAUGAUUCCUUGCUUUUCCUUUUUUUGAUCUUGGACCGAAUUAUCUCAUGAUUGCUUUUAAUAAAGAAAGCUAAAACGUUCUUUUCUUCAGUCUUUAUUUGGUUGCACAUUUCUCAAGAACUACUCGAGGAGAUAGUACUAAGAAAAUAAACUCACACACAUCUGCAUGCAUUAGCGGUCACUUGGCUGAAUUUUAAACGUAUAAGAAAAAAAAAGAGUUGAGC